UAUAUUUUAUGAUUUUAUUUACGUCGAUAUUUAUUUAGAUUAUAUUAGUAUUAUAAUUAAAAUGAAAGAAAAUGCAAUUUUAUUUAAUUUUCUAUAAGAAUGGAUGGGGAUACAGGCACUGUACACGGUAUACGCAAUGUCACCUAUACACUUGAAAAUGAAAGGAGAACAUUCAGGGCGAUCCAUUUCAAUCGCAAAUCUAAGUAUCGAGAGAAGAGACGAAGUUAUUGUAAUGUAGACGAAACUACGGAUUACAUUAGUACAACUGAUUGGCUUUCUGAAUCUCCAGUUAUUAACAGAAAAACAAACAGCAUCUCAAAGGAAUACACAAAAUGUACGCGAUGCAAAAGAGGCUUAAGAAAGACAUCUAUCGAUUUCAAACCUUUAAAAAGGAUAUUAUCAUCAUGCAGUUUUGUGGGUAAAAGUAAAAUAAAGGGAAUCUCUAUUAGCCCUGGCAACGUCACUUUUAUAAAUAAGAUCGAAUCAAGUGAUGACAAUUUGAGGAGUCAAGGCGAUAAUGAAGUUAAAGUAUUGUACAAGCGAGACUUUAACAGAAAAGAAAAAACUAAACAGAUUACCUCACCAAGAAGAUAUAGCACUAGAAAUAUAGAGACUAAAAAUAGUCAGACAAGUUUAUUUGGUUUCCAACGUUGUAUCCAACGAAAACGUCAUAUAAACUAUAAUUUAAGCGUGUUUUAUAAGCUUUUACAUGGUGACGCAAAACACCAUAAUGUGUUACGCUGUAAACACUAUUCUUUCGAAGAUUUAAAUUUAGAUAAACCCAAGAAGAAAUCGUCUUUUGUGAAAUCUCAGAGUGCGGCUCCUGCUCAUUACAAUUUAGUCAAUUUCACUCAGCACAGUAGUAUAUCUAAUGUAUAUCUGCUGAAGCCGAAAUAUUAUAAGAAAUUGCAAAGUUUACGAAAAAAUAAAUCUCUCUUUCGUUGUUCGGAACUUGAUAAAAGAAAGUCUAUUUUAAAAAAGACUGAAGAUCCCAAAAACACUGAUUUAAAAAUAAAUAAAAGCACUGAUUUAAUAAAAUUAAAAACUAACGAUAAAGAAAUUAAAACGGAUAAAGAACAAAAAUUAGAUACUAAAGAUAACUUGAAUCUUAAGCCUCCUUAUAAGGGUGUUAAUCUUUGUAAACCAGCUGCUAAGAUAAGCAACACAAAUGUACAAGUCGAACCCAAAAUUAGCACUAGCCGAAAAAACUCCAAAAAAUCGGUUGAGCUGUUCGAUUUUUUGAAAGCUGCAAUGAAAUAUCUUCUUUUUAUCAUGACUUUAAUCAUAUGGUUUCCUUGCAUUUUAGUUUUAGGUCUUGGAUGGUUAAUUACUUAUCCUUGCCGACCUCAUAAAGCAUCAGGUAGUUCAAAAGGCGCGAAAACAAAGAGAAGAAGAAGAAGAUGUAAAGAGAAGAAAAAGAAGAAAGAUAAACCCCGUCAGCGUAUUAAAAAAGAAAAAAAGCCUAACAAAUCCGAGAACAAGGAAAAACAUAAACCAUUAUUUAAGAAAAAGAAACCUGCGCCUUCAGAUUCUAAAAAAAAGAAAGGCAUAGGUAAAAAAUGUGCAAAAACGUGCUCGGACUGUACACAAUAUACGGUUACACCUACUGGAUUUUAUGUUCCUGAAGGUACCACAACUGUAGCUAUGUUUCCUAAUGAAGAAAUCGGUGCAUGUAUAAAAAAAAGACAAAAAAGUGUAAGCUUUAAACAACCAUGUCAAGGAAGGUCAAGUGAAACCUAUGUAAAAAUAAGCAAAAAUAAAGUCUGUAGUGGAUGUCGAGACAAAAAUGAACAAUCGGUUGACAUCUGUGGGGACACGAACGAAGACCAACAAGAAUCGGAUCAAAAUACAGAUCUGAAUAAUCAAUGUCAAGCAAUUGUAAUCAAAAGUUGUAAAGGGAAAUUAAAUCGGAGAAAAAUUGAGGUUUGUGUACCUAAAUCUUUAUCAAAAUUACUCCAAUCAGCUCUCCGUGGAACAUGCUCGACUACAAAUCAAAUGGCAAAUGUACGUAAAAUACCUAAAAUUAAAAGCUGCAAUAGCACAGCGGCGGCUUGCAUUGCACUGAAAAAAAGAAGAAAAUGCUUAAGUCGUCAGUCUAAAUACGUUAUGCAUAAUUUAAAAAGAAAUCUAGAAGUAACUAGAUCAUCAGCUACAAGAUGUCUUCCGUCACCAUGUCCAGGUGGCUGUGCUGCUAGAGCUGCUCGUAGACAGGCCGCUGGAGGAGGCGACGGUAAAAAACGCAAGAAAACUAAACAAAAGAGGAAGAAAAGAAAGAGUAGCAAACCUAAAACUGUUAUGAAAUUCCUACCACCGCCACCUCGAAGGACUAUGUCUGUUGGUAGUAAUAUUUGUAUACCGCAACGUACUUCAAAGGACAAGUCUCUUCCUCGUUUACGACGUUGCAAUCGCAUGACUUGUGAUAGACAACCAUUAAGGGUUGUAUCAGUGAGCAAGAUGUAUGCUCCCGUUCGUCCAGAAGUACGUACAAUAUCAAGUAAUACCAUGAUGUUACAAACUUCUAGUUUUUUUAAAUCUCUUAAAAAAAAGUGCGCUAAAAAAACCGAGAAACGUAUUUCUGUUAAGAAAUUUAUUAAAGCGCCUUGUCCGAAAAAUCGUCACGUCUCUAGUAACACUCGAUUACCUAAACCUAAAAAACCUCGGAAAGCCAUUAGAAAAACAGCCAAAACAGCCGAAAAAAAAGAAACCUCCACCUCCACCAAAAGAAGAUUGUAA